UAGUGAAGCUGUGUGUUUGGGUACUUGGUAAAUGAUUUUCAAUUUUUUCCUCUUUUGGAGCAUUUUUGACCGAAAAAUAUGAGUCAAAAGCUCCGUGUUAACGUUCAUGUAAAUCCAUCUGACGUGUUCGAAGCGGAUCAAAGUAUUUCCCUCAAUGUCCAAGAAGACACAAGGUACGUACUAGAUGUAAAACUUAGCUAGUGACCAUCAUGUGAUUCAGACAUGACGACAUGUAAAUUUUUUGACAGUAUUAACUAUGUUAUAACUCUAAAUUCAACUAUAUUGAAAAUUUUUAAUACUGAAAAUGCUGUGCUGAUUGGUUAUAUUACUACCUUAAAAAAUAAGCAGAAACUCGACGUUUCGAGCGAAGGCCCUUCGUACUGAGGGUCAUUCCAUUUAUUAUCCGCACCCCCCCUAUGGAUGAGCUCUGGUAAAAAUGUUACCUGUAGGAAUCGGAUUUCAGAGAAGUACCCUGUUGGAAUCGACAGUAUCAAUCUAAACCCUAGGAAUGCUGCUAAUUGCCAAUAUCUCACUGGUAGGAAUCUGCUAAUUGCCAAUAUCUCACCGGUAGGAAUCUGCUAAUUCCCAAUGUCAGACCGGGGGGGGGGGUGAGAAUAAUAAAUGAAAUUAUUAUGAUUCUCAUAAUAAAUAUUUGGCAAUAUAGUAUGCUACACCUUGACGGCAAUAUCUGACCGGUAGGAAUCGGACCAAAGGAAUCUGUUAAUUCCCAAUAUCUGACCAGUAGGAAUCCCCUAAGUCCUAAUAUCUGACCGGUAGGAAUCCGCUCAUCCAUAGGGGGGGUGCGGAUAAUAAAUGGAAUGACCCUGACCCAUAUUUAAUAGUGUGAGACUGAACGACCCAUAUUAGUGUGAGACAGUUUUGUCUUUCAUCUCUAUGGUUUGAUUCCUACAGUACACCAUGGUCAGGGAAUAGGGAUGCAUUUCCCUGAAAGGGAUAUUACCGAAUACCGAAUAUAGUCGAUUUAGUCAUUUAGUAUAUACGCUGAGGCAAAUUUCUUUAUCAGGACAAAUGACUGUAUCACACUGACAAAUAGGAUUUACAAAAAUAAAUUAUAUAUACAUUUUCAAUAAUAAAAAAUCUAGCUUAUAUAUAUUAGAAGAAUAAUGCCAAAAUAUUAUCUUUGAAUCCCAAAAGUAUAGUAGCCUGAAUAGCAGUUGGUUUUUUGGGGGAGGAAUUGUGGGCGAGCUUGUGGGUGGGAAAAUUAAGGCAGAAGAAAAUGGGAGGGCAAGUAAAAUUCAUACGAAAAUGGAAAAGUACAAAGCCAGCCCUCGAAAACCGUCAAAAUUGAGGUUGUCAAAAAAUGCCGACCUAAAUCUGACCUAGGUCGGCACGUCUCUGCAUUUUUUAAAAUCUGUUUCCAUGUCUUGGAGCACUGGUAAUCACAUAUUUAUGAAUCAUUGAAAAAUAACACGACAGCUUUUCUUUUGAAGUCUGACCUAAAUUAUAUAUAGAAUACACAUCAAAUUUUAAACCUUUAAACUUUUAAAUUUUAAACACCGAAGUGUGUUUAGUAAAUCGAACUACGAAUCAAAUUCUGUAAUCGCUGACUUUUUAACAGCUAUCAGCACAAAAAAAGAUUGGUUGAUAUGUCGGCAUUUAGGUUGGCAUGCAAAGCAAGUCGGGGGCUGCAAAGCAAGUUUUAAAAAUGCCCUUCUCUCCAUAAAUGUUAGAGGAGGGAGCAGAGGGGGUGGCAACCCCCUCCAGCAAACUAAUUGAAGUUGGGCCAAAUGCAUCAAAGUCAGGAAAAUUUGUUCCUGUCCUAUUUUUUCCCCUCCAUGUGCACAUGAAUGUUACAGUGUAUUGGCCUGUUUACACUUGCAAUUUUUGAUGCGAUUUCUACAGUAGUGGGAUUUUUUCCUUCUGAUGCAUGUGAACGAAUGGAUGAGUUACAAAUGUUCGGAGUACAUGUUCCCUCAUUUGAACAUUCAUAACUUAUCCACUUGUCAGAGACGGAUUUUUGUUUGGGGGGGGGGUGGAUAAAUAUCUGGGGGGUGCUGCUGCUUUCUUUGGCCGGGGCGUGGUGGCAACGCCCGGAAAGGCCAAGGAAAAAGUUUAACAAAAUUUGUUUUCUAGGCCUGCAUGGCGAGAUCUGAGAUCAUAAUAUUGGUAAUUUUACAAAUUUAGUAGUAAAUUUAGUAGUAUUUUACAAAUUUAGUGGGGGUGCCAAAUGCCUUUGAGGGGGUGCAAAUAAUUUCUGGGGGGGGUGCCCCCAGAAAAUCUGUGCCUGCCACUCGUUCACAUCCAUCAUCAGACGAAAAUCGCACCUAAAAUUGCAGCAAAAAUUGCAAGUGUAAACAAGUCUUAUAGCAGGUGUAUAUGAAGGUUAUAUCCCCAUGUUUUGUGCAUGAAUAUAUCUGUACCUUUGAUCUGGUCUUGAGCCCAAUCAUGAAGCCUAUCCUUAACCCUUUUGUGCAUGAAACAUGAGGAAAUAACCACAUGAAGAUGAGACUAUUGAAACAUGUGUGCAAUAAACAGUACAAACAGUACAGUGUAUUGAUAUUUAUUUAUAGUUGGUCUGAUGUGUGUGAAUUAAUUAAAGAAAAAGUGAAUAAUUUCUUCACUACCUCACUUGCUUUUCAAUACUUGGACGAAGAUGCUGAUUAUAUUUCAGUAAGUUCUCCAUUUAUAAAUAUGCAAGCUUAAUCUUUAUAAACAUUUAAUAAAAAAAGUGAAAAUUAUUAAAAUUUGCAAAUUAUUAAAAGCAGUACGUCAUACAAAGUUACAAACUGUUCAUCUCUGCAAGAAACACACCUUCACACACAUAUUCAAAGCAGAAUUUUUUCAGGAUUUUUUGGGCUGUUAAAUGGCUACAGAAAUUCAAUGUUGAGUUAUGCUCUGUCAAUCUCAUCAAGAGUUUCAGUGCAGUGAAAAUUAAGUUGUCUGAAAUUUGUGACGGUGAUAUAGUUUUACCACCUAGCAAAGCAUGUCAGACUUGCAUGCAAUUCAUUUCACAGCACAAAAAAACCAUGAACAAGAACAUCCACACAGUUUAUGUACAGUAGCUUGUAUAUGUUAUGCAAUGCUGUGCUUAGGAGCCAUUGUAUUAAGGGUAAUGUGAUGGGUAUUACAAUGGAUCCUAAACCCCUUCCUAAAUUCAAUCUUCUAUCCAGCAGAAACUCCUGAAAAACCCCUGAAAAUUUGAAAGUAUCAAUUUGUUAUACUGUAUUGGUGAACAGUUUCACAAUUAAAAAGUUGUAUAUUACUUAUACACACAUGUACAGGGCUGCACUGCCAGUUUGUGUCAUUGAAAACCAGCAGUGUGGACCAAAGUGCUUGCAUGUAUAUACUGUAUUGAUCUCUACAAAACGCAUAGUUAAAAUACUGUUUGCGGGGUUUUCAUCAGGGUUGUACUGAUGAGGAGUGGAAAUAUGCAAUAGCUGCUGGUAGUACAAAAUCGAGAGAUGAACUUGUGUUGCACAUAAAAGCAGUUCCAACUGAGAAUGUCACAAAACCUUCUGCUCAAUGUGGUCCAGCUAGUGAUAUCCAGCCUGCCUGCUGCUUUAGGUAGGUCAAAAAUACAUUAAUUUUUUUUAAACAAAUCCCACAUUCAGUAGUUAUAUCCAAUAUAUUUUAUGUACUAGCUAUUAGUUUCCCUACCCAUUUUAAUCAUGUCUAAAUGAAACUUCAAUUUUUUCACGUCACGUGUAUAGUUUUAUACAACACAUACAACCUGGACUCGUACUUCAACUAUUUUUGCCUCGGCAACUAAUUGCCAAAGUCUUUCAAUAUUUUUUUAGUUUGCCUUGGCACUUUUUUUGCUGAGGUGCACAAUGAAAUCACCUUUAAUUCCUUCGACAUUCGGCAUUCAUGUCGGUAGUUGCAAUUAACUAGGGAGUUUUAAGCUUCACAUUUCCGGGAAUGGCAAACAGCAGGUUCGAACUUUCUUGGCAAAAUAUUCAUUGAACAUUUUCGUUUCAUAUUUUCUUUCUUGCGUCGAAAGAAUAAUUAUGUAUUUCACUUUUACAGGUAAACUACGUGAAGCGUUCCUCUUUUGACUUCGUAACUCAUUUGGAAUUUUCCUCAUUAGCUUUGCAAAUUUGAAUUUGGAAUGUUCCUAUCAGCUGGAAUGUUCCUAUCAGCAGGGAAUUUGUAAUGUUCCUAUCAGCAGGGAAUUUGUAAUGUUCCUAUCAGCUGUUGCAAUAUUCCAAACUUCAUUUUAAAUUUUCCUAACUUCCUGUUUUAAUUUCCUAACUUCCUGCUCUGUUCUGAGCGUUGUUAUUGGUCGAUUAUUUUUGUUAGCCAAUUGCAACACACAGAACAGAACAGGAAGUUAGGAACUUGUAACAGGAAGUUAAGAACUUCUAACAGGAACUGAGGAAAAUUUUUUUGGCUUUUAGCAACAUUGCAAAUUCCCUCAAGGAAUUUGCAAGGGAAUUUUUUAAAUUGCAAAAGUAAUGAGGAAAAUUGCAAUCAAUUUAGAAACUCAAAAGAGGAACACUUCACGUAGUUUACCUGUAAAACAGCAAGUAAUUAAUUUACUCUUUAUUGCUUGAUACCGUAAAAUUUUUCUUUGCCUGCCGUUUGCUGUUUGAUGAAUAACGCGAAGCUUAAACUCUCUAUUAGUAAAGUAUGUACGGAAGUCGAUCAUUAUAAAUGAAUAAUAUAACGAGUGUAGAUGAUACAACAUAACAUCGAACGUUAUGAUGUAAUCCACCGACAUACGGGAGUGAUUUCGACGAAUUGAGAAAUUUUCCUUGCCUACAAUUAUUUUCUAACAUUGUAGCUAUAGACCGUGCUCUGAGAAAGACUGGGGGGGUUGCACCCUCCCCCCCUCUCCCUUGGCUUUACUAAAUAUAUGACAUCUUUAAUUUUACUUUGCACAUUUGGGCCAAUUUUAUACAUUACAACUCGUGCAAAUAGACUAAGUAUAAUUGAUGUGCUUGAAAACUCAUGUAAGAAGAGUUUUGGUUGGUUCUCUCCAGUAUUUGCAGUAUGCUUUGUUGGGUCUUUGCUCUGUUUUCCUCCCUCACAAAAAAUGAAGUGAUAAACCCUUCAGCAGCUUAACUGUGAUUCUGAUGUGAGCUAUAUACAGCAGUGCAAGCCAAAGGCAACCUUAGUUAAGCCUUCAACACAAUUACAUUUAAGAUGUGUCCCUUAUAAUUCAGCUACAAUAAAGGAUUUCUACCUUUUACAUUUACCUCUCUCAGUACAUUUCCUACUUCUAGUGAUCCAUGGUGUUGCUAUGAGAGACCAAUGCCUGAUAAUCCAAUUCUGGAUGGGACUGUUCCAGAGAAAAUGUGAGUGCAUGAUUUGCUUACAUGAUUUGCAAUUUUUGAAGGUGUCCUGUAUCUUGACGUCAGUGCAAUUUAGUUAUGAAACGUAAUUCCCGAGAGGAGUUGUAGACAUGUGGAUUUUAGCACUGUCUGUGUUCUUAUUGACUACAGUAUACGAUUAUUUAAUUCUUUUUUAUUGUUUUUACUUACAGAGUGAAUGAUCAAUGUUCAAAAUACAAAUAUGCCAAUGAGGCACUUCGAGCAGUUGCUCUCCCUCUGGGACCGAUAGGUAUAGCUUUGAAUUUUAUAUAAGGAGAUUUUAAGAUUUAUCUGGAUAACAACAUGACUACAGUCAAACAUACACUUCUAUAUAUGACAUAAGAAUGGUGAGUUCAGCUGACGUGUAUGAUCACAGAUAUGCCAAUGAGGCACUGUGUAGCCUGCGCAGCGGCUCUCAGGGAAAGUAGAGCCUGCACGAAACCCCAUGCUUUGCCAUUUCUGCCCACUUAGCCUGCGGGCUACGCCCACUUUAAACAGAUGUCAAAAUUGGCCAAUCACACAGAUUGUUUACGUUUGCAAAUUUACUUGUCAAAAUGAAAUAUAAAUAUAGAUUGCUGUAUGUUCGCAAAUUUCAAAACGAAACUGAUAUACGGAUGUCGGCUAAAGAAAAUUGAAGUCUGUGGGAAUAGCACUAGGCCUAGGGCAAUCUCCAUCGUUGUCACAAGUAGUUUGCAGUCCGUAUAUCUACGAUAUUUCGUAGCUUUCUCGCACACGUACAAAUAUAAUUUAUAGUUUCGACAGCGGUCAACCGUGAUGUAUUAAAUGUUAUUAAAGUUUCGAGCGAUGCAGAGAAGAGAAUAUUAAUUAAAGGUGUCUAACGCCAUCACUUUAGAGAGAGCAAGUCCUGUUCAUAAGACAUAAGCAAAUACAGCAAUUCUCUCCUGGCACAAAAUUAUUAGCUACAAAAUCAUGAAGAAAAAUCUAUAUGUCGACGAUGAAUUGAUGAAAACGAACACGUACGCUUGUGAAAGAGGCGCUGCUAACAGACAGCAAUCCAACGAAGACACCACAGUCAAUAUCUCUAGAGCUUCGUGAGCCAAGUUCGUAAAUACCUUUAUUGUUGAACCGUAAAUCGUGGCUUUAAGCUCUUUUGAAUACAAAAAUCAAAGAAACGCUUCUCAAUAAUACAUCCGCCAUAUUUGUAUGAAUUUUAGCAUAAAUUAGCAUAUUUUUUUCAUUUUGAACCAAUCAGAUUUCUCGUCCUCUGAGAGAACGAGUAAAUACGGCAAAGCAGGGGGUUUCGUGCAGGCUGUCCUUUCUGUGAUAGCCGCUACGCAGGCUAGCACUGUGAGAAAUUGCUGUCCCACUGGGACCACUUGGGAUUUUAUGAUGGGAUAUUUUCUAGACAAAAAUAUGACUGUAAAAAUACAGUACAUUACUACAUUUUGUCAGGAUGGUCAGGUUAGCUGAAAUGCACACUUGGAGAAGUUACUCUCCUUCUCACACCAAGCUUACGGUAGCUUUGAAUUUUAUAAGGAUUUUAAAAGUUAUCUACUAGACAACAACAUGACUGCAAAAAUACACUUGUCUACCAUAUAUGAUGUAAGGAUGGUGAGGUUAGCUGAAGAACAUAAUAACAAAUGAGAACUAAAACAACGAAAACCGCAUCAUACAGUAAUCAAACCCCAACGGUGAAAGGCAGGUGCACUAAACAAUGUGCCACCAUUACGCCUAUAAUAAACAAUAGGCUGAAUUUCAGAUGGCCACUCGUCGAGAUGGUUUUUUCAACAUUUUGGUUUGACUCGUACGGCUUGCAUGACCUUACCACUAAAUUAUAUAUAAAAUAAAAAUCCUCGUACUGAAAAAAUCAUUUGGAGAAGGCAAAUUUUCAUGAUUUUGUGGUACAAAUUAUCCAGGAGGUGGCUGUAUUGCCGUGGCAGGAGAUGGUGGAUUACGUCAGUGGCAAGUGGUCAAUGAAAUUAAUCAUGUUGCUCAUGUACCUUAUUCCUUCUUUGCGAUAAAGUAUGUAUUAGUAAUAAUGUUGUUGCAAUAUUGUAUUUCUGUAUUUAGUUUUUGGGAGAAAAGAAAUUGAUACUUGUACCUGUAUGUCAAAGAUUCAGCUGCAGUCUAUUGUUAUAUAACAUUUCAAACUUGUCUCGAACUUAAUUUGAUACUUUAAGAAACUUAACCAAAAAAAGCCUUAAUAUUAAUGUUUGUCGUUUGCAUGGCCGGAUUUUGAAGGUGUGGGGAGGUGCGCACCUCCCCCGAGGUCGUUUUGCACCACCCCUGAGAAUUUGUGCACCUCCCCUGAAAAGUCAUACACCUCCCCUUGGGAAAGUUUCAAUGAAAGAUCAAAGUGAAAAUUUGACACCUUUUGGUUGCUUAGGGUCUACACUUCGUAAGAACGUUUUUCUGUAAAAUUGAAACAGUUAUAGCCAAUUCAUGUCUGUGUCAAAUACCCUUUUAAUGCAAUGUUUCGAAAGAAACUUUGUAGUAAUUGUAAUGAAGGGCAAAUUUGGAUGAGUUGUACAGUCAUAAUUCAUUAAUACACUGAUACAUAUAUGUACACCACAUGCAUACGUCACGUCGUUGACUUUAGCUCGUUUUAAGCCCUAACUUUCCAUGGGGGUCGUGAGCUAGACCGCUCCACCUCCGCUAAAUUUUUUUCCACCUCCCCCACUAUUUCCACCAAAAUUCGGCCUUGGUCGUUUGUAAUCUUUGUGUAUUGAAUCAUGCAGAUAGUAAACAGUUUUCCGGAAUAGUGCAUGAUUUUUACUGGCUUUUUUGAACAACUGCUUUUGUGUUCAGAACAAUAAAACGUUGCGCAAUGACUCGAAUCAUGACUCGUGACUAAUGUCACUAAUUUCCAUACAUCAAAAUACAAGUCCGUUUGAACAAACCUGAAGUUAAACAAAUUUUGAUCACAACAUGCAGAUAUACUGUACUGGUGUGCCAUACAUCAAAAUACAAGUCCGUUUGAACAAACCUGAAGUUAAACAAAUUUUGAUCACAACAUGCAGAUAUACUGUACUGGUGUGUAUACUGUAACAUGAUUACAUACUGUAUCUGUUUGACAUAUAGGUGUAUACUGUACGCCUCCAUAGGAACUCUACUUGGAUUUCUCAAUACACAGUACGACUGCUGUAUAACCUCAUAAAUAACUUUAGCCAAACUUUAUUUGUUCAGAGUUGAAGAUGAUACUAGCAAAUCCAAUGCUGUUGUUCUUCAAUCCAACACGUGGUAUGAUCAAGUAGGCUUCAAACCAGCAGCGUAUAUUACAGAUCACGGUAAAGUUUCGUCAAGUCCACAUAUUUGUGAACACAUUUUGUAUGUACAUAUGUACUAGAUAGCUUUUUCUGACUGUUUGACCCUCUCCCGCAUGCAAUCUUCAGCACCAUCAUAACGAUGUUUGAAAGCAGCUCCGUUGUUGACAUGCAAUAACAUGCAAGAAUCUGCUAGAUAAGCAUUGAUCCAUUCCAGCAGUGUCUGCAGUAGUUCAUUUCUUCCGUUCAUCAUCUCAACCUCGUUAUACCUUCUUCUACCCAACAAGCUAAAUCUAGCCUGUGUACAGCCGUUACUCUCGACGAAGCGCGCGACAGAACGUCUGUGAGUUGGAUGUAUAAUCCUUGUUCAGGUCACGUGGAUAGUUUCCAGAUUUGGGGACAGGCCUCUGAUUGGACAGUGCUUAUUUGAAUAAUUUAUGACAAAUGAAGCUAUUUCAUUGGUUAAUUAAUAAUUAGCAUACGUUUAAAAUAACAACACAAAAAUUUUAAAUUCAGAGAUUUCCAGAUCAAGAAUCAAGAUUUCCUUCGGGGCAUACAAAAUUUAAUUUUGUGCUGUAUCGAAGUUUAAGAAAAUCAAGAUAAAAUUCUAGUGUUUGGGCACUCAGCGAACAAUGCUGACAAAUAUAUAAAAUACAACAAACUAUCGGACGGAAAUUGACAAUUUAUAAUUGACAAUUUAAUAAAUUGACAAUCUGUUAAUUUAUAUGUCCCGACCCCUCGCGAUAAAGCAUUUUCUUUACAUAUAAUGUGUUUAACUUCGUCUUACUUGGCCAGUUAACUUUUAAUUACUUUAAAAUGCACCUUUUGAAUAACCAGUUGUGUUUAUAUUUAAUACUUUGUCUUUGUAAACAAAUAUACGCCAUAUGUACGCCAAGAACUGAGCUUGUUACACCGGACUUGCCGGCAAUGAUCAUCGUUCAGCAUUGUUCGCAUUCAAAACAAAUCUCUUCAUCGAGAAAUAUAUGCAAUAAUUUCUGGUGUAUCGUUUUUCAGAUUGUAUUUCAAGUCUUUCAAACUUUUGUAUGCCCCGGAGGAAAUUUUAAUUCUUGAUCUGGAAAUCUCUGAAUUUAAAAUUUUUGUGUUAUUAUUUUAAAUGCAUGCUAAUUAUCAAUUAACCAAUGAAAUAGCUUCAUUUAUCAUAAAUUAUUAAAAUGAAGCACUGUCCAAUCAGAGACCUGCACCCGUCUUGUUUGAGGCCGGCGAACGGCGAAAUUCGCCUGCGCUCAGAAAAAAAAUUAAAGCCAUUCGCCGGAGGCUCUGAAAAAUUCGCCAGCGCCUACAGUCUGUGCAGUUAUGAUAAGUUGUCAAGUUGACGUAUAUUAGCAGAGUAUUAAUAAUUUAUUAAAUGUCAAAAAGGCAAAAAAAGAAGUUGGUGAGGAAGGUGAAAAAAGCUGUUAGAACGAGAUGGUUGAGUCUAAAUGCCUCUGUUGAUUCGAUAAGCCAGGAAUACGUCGGGUUAGUCCAUGCCCUGCGUUCAAUGCAAGAAGAUAGAAAUUCUGGUUCCACUGCUAAAGGGCUCUUAAAGAAGAUUGACUCGGUUGAAUUUCUCGGGACUUUAUAUCUGUUGAAAUUCGUCCUGCCACACUUAUCAGCUUUAAGUCGCACUUUUCAAGCUGGAAAUCUCAACUUCUGCAGGAUCAGCCCAAGUAUCCAGAGUACGAAGGGAAGAAUAGAUGAGAUUGUGAACGAAAACAAAGUGAUUAAAGAAUUAGAAAAGGACUUGAAAGGCAGGCUUCAAUUGUGCAACUUAUCAAUGGCUGAUCAAUCCAAGAAAUAUGCCUGACCACGGUGGGAAACGAACCUGCGACCUUUGGAACACUAGCCCAAUGCUCUGCCAACUGAGCUACGCGGUCAGAUCGGUUCGAGUAUGUGAUAUUUCGGAACAGAAUCUAGUUCCUUCUAUAUCAAUGUAAUCUAAUAAUCAGUAAUGAUUUUUCUGUGUAGGUGUAAUGUACUCAGGUGAAUAUGAUGCUUGUGAUGUUACUCUGAGUGUAUAUCCACACGGGCCGGGCAAGCUUGAAAAAUAUGCCUGACCACGCAAGCUUGCCCGGCCCGUGUGGAUAUACACUCAGAGUAACAUCACAAGCAUCAUAUUCACCUGACUACAUUACACCUACACAGAAAAAUCAUUACAAUCCAAGAAAAUUAUACAGGAACGGGUGAAGAAAUAUUCGAAGGCUAUUUGCAAGAAUAUUGAUGAUCGUUUUCCGCCCGACUCUUUAGCGAUCUUGGAAUCAAUUUCGGUCUUUGAUGUAACCCAAGUGCCAGGUGACAUCAACGCUCCAGAUUUCAAAGUAUACGGACAAUCUGAGAUUACUGCAAUCAAGGAGCACUUUUACCGGGAACAACAAAUAGGAAAUGACUUCUUGGAACAAUGGAAAGAUAUGAAAUAUGAACUUCUCCAAUUGAAAACCAAGUGGCUGCAAUUUAAAGAUAAUGUUGAAUCAAAUAAUAUUAAGAUAAAAUUUUCCCCAACGGAAUGGGUUCUUAGGAAAAUUGUCAAAGAUUAUCAACACGAUGAACAGUUCGCACUUGUCUUGACCCCAGUAACUAAUGCAUGGCCAGAGCGGGGAGCAAGUGCUGUGAAGAGAAUUAAGACAAGGUCCAGAAGCAGCAUGAAAAGUGACUUGCUGAAUGCUUUACUUAUGAUUUCCAUCAAUGGACCUGCAUUGAAAACGAAAGAAUACCAAGAGUUAAUGGAGGAAGUCCUCGCAGUUUCAUCAGUGUUGUCCAAAAGAAAAGCUUAUCCUCAAGUACACAAACUGUAGACAUCGAUGAACAAUCAGAAAUUGAAGAGGCGGAGAAGAUUGAUAAUCAUUUACAAGAGAGUUUGAAAAACAAAGAAGACAGCGAUGAAGACAGCGAUGUCACAGAUACUGACAGUGAAAAUUAUGCUGAUUAAGUGAUUAUAUUUAUCUGUGUACAGUGUCAUGAACGCAUAAUAAAAUUCUCUUUUAUUUGUUGACGUUUCCGCUGUUUGUAUACUUGCUCCGCUCAUUAAUAGCCGGCGCCUCACUAGAGCAGACUAGUAUUAGCCAUACCCAGAAUUUUAUUAGCCAGACCCUCAAACAGAAACCUGAAGGGCUGGGUCACCUGUCCCCAAAUCUGGGAACUAUCCACGUGACCUGAACAAAGAUUAUGCAUCCAACUCACAGACGUUCUCUCGCGCGCUUCGUCGAGAGUAACGGCUGUAGACAGGCUAGCUAAAUCGAACUCUAAGACAAAGAGCGCAUGACUACGAACUGAGAGAUUCAAAAACUCAUUUGUAAAUAGAUAUCUUUUCAAUUUUAUCACAUAGCACAUCUUAAAGACUUUUACAAAUUUAGAACAUUAGAUUUUUAGAAUCAUUAAUUUAAAUAAUGUAAUAUAAGUAUAGAUAAUCUAAGAUAGAACGCAUAAUUCUAUGUAAACUCAAACGUGUGCUUUGAGCAUCCAAUUAAUCGAGUUGAAUAGACAAGUGUACCGCGUCGUUAAAUUGCACAUACCCUCACGUACUACUUCCAAUGCAUACGUACUGGUAUAAUACACGCGUAUGUUCAAUAUUCUGGUGUACAGUACGCUUAAUACUGGUCGCCAAUGCUGGAUACAUAUCAGUCACCCUCUUGUAGUGCUACGCGAACUUUACACAUUAACACAUACCAUACCAACCUCGUACCCAGGCUCUUUCCACUACGCUCCUCGUUGGAGGAAAGACUUUGGUCCAGGCUGGUCACAUGUCUCCCAGAUUUUGGGAGAUAACAAUUGGGACUUAUAGGGGGUUGGGAAGGCAAAUAUGGCGUUCGAGUUGCUAAACGGGUUCGGAGUUCAAAACAAUACAAGGAGUGUGAAUAAAUCAACGCAAAGGACUACCAUGAAACGAAGUUUUUAUUAGCAUGUAUUUUUCAUAAAAUACGUCGUAACGAUUAUUCUAAGGGACGAAGUUGUGAUAAGGCCUGGCUGGACAUUUGAAAUUAAACUCAAAAAACGUUAGUACACGAUAGAUGUUCUUCUCGAAGCUCAUGCACUCGACGACACAACCGCGGAUUUAGCUUUAUAUCAACAACAAAAGGCAGAAUCUUGUAUUGUUCAGAACAUUUGAACCAAUAUCUUUCUAAAACUUGUACCUUAAUACGCGCAACGGAAUUUAUCUGACAAACACCUGAUCUGGAUGGCGUCAAACGGCUGAGUCAAAUUUGCAGCAUUUUCGCUUAACUUCUUCGCUUCAUACUGUAUUUUUUUCUUAUAUAAAAAAUCACUAUCCAGUACAUAGCGCUAUCCGGCUUUCAACUAGAUCGGUAAAACGGUACCCGGACAUUUUGCCGAAAGACACUUUGCCGAAAGACACUUUGCCGAACGGACAUUUUGCCGACGGACGUUUUGCCCAACGGACGUUUUGCCGAACGGACAUUUUGCCGAACGGACUGUUUGACGAACGGACAGUUUACCGAAAGGACAACUUGCCGAAAAUAGAGAUGUUAUUUCGUCAAAAUGUUUGAGACUGUGACUCAUUUCUCAACUGUGUAAUUCUCAACCAUUGUGUAAAAUGACCAUUAUGUGGUCAUUAGCAAUGCAUAAUGGUCGUUAGCAUUGCAUAACCAUAUUGACUAUUGGUAGCUUUUUGUGCAGCGGAUGACUCGAUCAUUUGGUUAGGAACGUGUUUUGACGAUAUGCAGACAACGACGUAAGUGAAUUUCACUUCGACAAUCAUGGAAUACAUUCACAGUUCUCGGGGAAAUUUCUAUAAAUUUGUCAAAAACUCGAAAGAAUAUAAAACGAAACUAUACUUCACUAUCAAAGUUUCUGUCAUCAAAAUCGACAAUGACUUUAAUCACAGAAACUUUGACCGUGUAAGCGAACCUUUAAGGUUCAGAAGAUAUCUCUAUUUUCGGCAAAUUUUCCGUUCGUCAAACUGUCCGUUCGGCAAAAUGUCCGUUCGGCAAAAUGUCCGUUCGGCAAAAUGUCUUUCGGCAAAAUGUCUUUCGGCAAAGUGUCUUUCAGCAAAAUGUCCGGCCACCCGACAAAACAAACUCCCCCCCCCCCCCCCCCCUUAUGUAAAAAUUUUGUUAUUUCCCAAAAUCUGGGAGACACGUGACCAGCCUGGACCAGGGUCUUUCCUCCAGUGAGGAGCGUAAUGGAAAGAGCUUGGGUACGAGGUUGGUACCAUGCACAAAAUAUGUUAAUUAAAUAAAAUUAUACUAGGUGAACCGCCUUUCACAUUCAGUGUUUACACGAGCUCGGGAUUUGUUGAGAUUAUACGAUGGAACCAAGAGCACGGUUUACGUGCAUACUGUAUGCUUGUUUCUCAGCAUUUUAAAGUUCACAUAGUGUACAGCACAUUAGUAACCAUAGUACGCCAGUCUACAUUUCUAGGAUCCUGGUUUAAUCCUUGUUUAAUCCUUGUUUAAUCCUUGUUUAGAGUUUAGAAUGUUCCUUAAACUCUUUUACUCACAGUAACUUGUUUUAACAAACUAAGAAUUCACAAGAUUUCUUUUUUGACAUUUUAGUUGUACCAGAUGGCUCGAAAGACCUCCUUACUAGACUGCCGGGUGUUAAAACAGUGGAAAUCACUGCUAAAUACCCGACUGUUGAAGGUGAGCAUUAAACUUAUUGCAUUAACUGUGGUUUACAGUGGCUCAAAUUUGACUCCUACCACAAUAACAAGCAUAUCCACUCACCCCCCCCCCCCCAAUACAAUGUUGUGCUUAUAUUGUUGUAAACCUACAAGGUGUUACUUGGGGGAGAAGGGGGGGGGGAGGUCUGGACAUGAAAAUUGGGAAUACAGUGCGCAUGUAUGUAUCUGUAAAUCAGAAAUGUAAUUUAGGAUGUUGGUAUUGGAUUUGCAAGGAAACAUCACUGAAAACAUCACUGUAUACUUGUCGGCCGUAUACAUUUUUAAAAGUGACCCUAUUUAGUGGAUUUUUCACUGCGUUAAUCGUGGAUGACUUUGUUUGUUUAAUAAAUAACCAAGUUUAAAAGGUUUGCUCUAUUAAACGACAAUUUUUUAUUGCAUUUAGUUGAUUUUACAAGCAAUGAAGUUCCAGUUCAUGUUAAACUAGAAGCAUUCAAUCCUUGUGUUCCGUUAUGUGCCGAUGACAGCGCUAUUCCAAUGAUCAUAUUCAAUUACACUGUUACCAACCCGUCUGAUAAAGCAGUCAAGGUAAGGGCAUUAUAGAAGCUGAAUAGUACCCCAGUAAUGCUAUAUUGUAAAAAAACUGAGCUUGAAAAACUUGAAAAAAACUAAAAAAAAGCUUGAAAAACUGUCAAACCACAGGUAUAGACGCCGACAAUAAAUAAAGAAAACAUUAAUUUAUAAAUACUAAGAAAAAUCCCUACAUGGUGGAUGGCCAAAACCGGUCUUUGUAGUUUGUACAACCGAAUCCAUGCACUUGAGUAUUUGCGGGAAGGUGUAUAAAAUGUCCGUGUUUCAAGAAGAAGGUGACGCUGUAUUCACUACAUAGAAAACCAAGUUGGCGCACGUUCUCAGUCUAAAUAUUAUGCUCUUCAUGUAAUAAUGGAGAAAUAUUUAUAGUUCGUAGUGGACAAGGGCAGUUAAUCUGAAUUUUGUUAUUCCACAGGUGACGAUGUUGGGUUCACUUUUGAAUUUUGUUGGCUGGGAUGGUCAUACCACCAAAUCCAUACCACCAAGUAUGUAG